CCAAAGUAUGGCCGCUUUCGCAACGAGUCUGUGACCUCCUCCGACGACUUGAUGCAGAGCUUAGCAAUGAGCGGCAAAGUUGUGGCCACACCGGUGGUCUCCUCCUCCACCACGAGCCUUCCUCUGCCUCCCUUGCCUCCUCUGCCUCCCCUGGAUCACAGUGCCAGAUCAUCAUCCUCUGCUGGGGCUGCAGCCCUGGCUGACUCUCCUUGCCUGGAUGGAGAACAGGAUGCCACCACAACCUUCUGCAUGCUCAUCCCUAGGAUGCCCCAGUGGAAAUUCUCCAACUCCCUGCUUAGCCGGAGCCCGUCCAACUCCAGCUCCAGCUCCAGCAAGGACUCAGGGAAGGCAGCAACAGCUCCUUCCCAGGCCUCUGUCUCGCAUAGUUCAUCACCACACAGGCACAGUGGUGCGACCUCAGCCAGUGGCCCGGUGGCAAGUCUCGCAGCGGUGCUUAACUCCUGUGACCCUGUGUGUGUCACCCCCUGUUCUCUGCAGGCCAUUCGAGGGCAGAGAGCAGUUGCAGCGGCAAACUCGGCCAGUCAAGGGGGGCACGGAUUUGGGGCCACAGAGGCCAUGGCGAGCCCUGGGGGUUCCAGCAGCUCCCGGUCAGGAAUGAACCGCAGGACAAGGGUGGAAGGCAUGUGGCUGGAGGGAGAGGACUUCACCCAGAAGGGUAGCUUCAUCCACAAACCCUCUCAAGGGUGGCUGCACCCUGACAAGAAGAUUGCAGGACCAGGGGCUUCUUAUAUUGUCAGGUACAUGGGCUGCAUUGAAGUAUUGAAGUCAAUGCGCUCCCUGGACUUCAACACACGGACUCAGGUGACAAGGGAAGCCAUCAACAGGCUGUGUGACACUGUGCCAGGUGGAAAGGGAGCUUGGAGGAAGAAGGCCCAGAACAAAGCUCUCCAGUCUGUUAUGGGGAAGAGUAACCUGCGAUUUGCAGGCAUGAGUAUUGCAGUCAAUAUUUCCACAGAUGGCCUUGGUCUGCUUAUUCCCACCACACGACAGGUGAUAGCACACCAUCCCAUGCAGUCCAUCUCAUUUGCUUCUGGAGGAGACACAGACACGCCUGAUUAUGUUGCGUAUGUGGCCAAAGACCCAGUGAAUCAGAGAGCAUGUCACAUCCUGGAGUGCUCAGACGGUUUAGCCCAGAGUGUCAUCAGUACCAUCGGCCAAGCCUUUGAGCUGCAGUUCAAACAGUACCUGCACAGUCCUCCCAAAACCAUGGCGUCUAUGGAGAGGUCUGUCAGGACAGAAGAGCCGAUGUGGGGGGAUGAUGAGGACUUCUCUGAGCAUGAUUACUACAACAGCAUCCCAGGGAAGGAGCCUCCUGUUGGGGGAGUGGUGGACUCCAGGCUCAGGCUCAGGCCCAGCGGAGCCCUGCUGGGUCACAUCCACACACAACCACAGAGCAAGACAGCAGCACAGAUGUGCUCACCAGCGAGGAGGGAGCAAGCGUCUUAUCCCCCUGGUCAGCUGUGCUAUGAACUGCACUGGGACACUGAGACGACCAGCAGCUCAGGUCUGACAUCAGAUGGUUACCUGUGUGCUGACGGCCAGCCACCAGGCACCAGAGAUUACGAGGAGCAUCAGUACGUUAACACCCAGAGUCUGGAAAACCUGGAUUCACUGGCACAGGGGCCUAAUGGACGCAAAGGGCCCAGGGGACCCGACAGUCCCAAAAAGGACCUCUUUGAUAUGAGGCCCUUUGAGGAUGCCCUGAAGCUCCACGAGGCCUGUGGAGGAGCUGUUGGUGCUGCAGCUGGAGGGGGAGGUGUCCGGGUCCUGGAGGACCAGUGGCCCAGCCCUCCACGCCGUCGAGCCCCUGUGGCACCAAACGAGGAGCAGCUCCGCAGGGAGACGUGGUACCACAGCCGCAUGAGCAGGCGAGACGCAGAGAAAAUCCUGGUCCGAGAUGGAGAUUUCCUGGUCCGGGAGAGCACUACCAACCCAGGACAGUAUGUGCUAACCGGCAUGCAUUGUGGCCUGCCCAAACACCUACUGCUGGUGGACCCAGAGGGAGUGGUCCGAACCAAAGACAUGUUAUUUGAGAGCAUAAGCCACCUUAUCUCAUACCACCUUAAGAAUGAGCUGCCUAUUGUAGCAGCAGAGAGUGAGCUCCACCUCAAACAGGUGGUCAGGAGGAAACAGUGAGCCACCUGGCUCCGCAUGGGAUGCUGGAUUCUUUCUUUUUUUUUUUUUCAAGAUUAUUUU